UGGCCCCCUCCCGCCGGGAGUCUCUGGUAGCCGCGCAAGCGCGUCCGUCCUCUCGCUCGCUCUCCCGCUCGCGGGAUCGAGCUCUCUCUCUUUCGGCCAGAGUUUCCGCAAGGACGCCCCUCGCCCCCCGGCGAGAGCGCAGUGUCGCGUCGAACCUCUCGCAGAGCGCGUCGCACGUCUGAGUACCGGCCGCCGCCCGUCAUCAGUCGCCGUACCGCGCAGCCACGUAACUCACCUUCUUAGUUUUUAGUAGUCAGUAGUAGGGAGUCGCGUUUUCUGUCUAUCCACGCGAUCCGAUCGACGUAACUCGACGUGUCCGGCGACGACGACGACGUGAAAUCACCACAACCACCACCACACCAUAACACCACCACAUCACCACCAUCGCCGCCAUCACCACACCGCCACCGCCACCGCCACCGCCGCCACCGCCAUCACCACCACAUCCAUCAUCAACGUCAUUGCCAUCGCUACCGCCAAACCGCCACGGUCUUCACUGAACCACUGACAAUAUCAUAAGCAAAUAGCUGAUUUAUUGAUAUCAUUACAACUAGUAGAAGGAUCAACACAAGAGGCAUCGCAAGCGACAGCACUGGUACCUUCCUAUAAAAAGUUGGCAGUAGCAGUGAUAGCCGUCACCGUCACCGGUAGAAAGUCACGGAUCGUCAAGUGGAGAGAACAAGAGAGAGCGAGAGAAAUAGAGAAAUAGUGACAGAGAGGGAGGGAGGGAGAGCGAGAGAGACAGAGGCCACCCCGCGACAAUCUCAUUGAGCCCUGCGUGAAAUGGAACCUCAGAGUCAGGAGAUCGUGGCAAGCGGCUCGCCUGCUGAGGUGCCCAACGAUCCAGGGAAAAUGUUCAUCGGUGGUUUAUCUUGGCAGACCAGUCCAGAGAGUCUCAGAGAGUACUUCACCAAGUAUGGAGACAUCACGGAAGUCAUGGUCAUGAAGGAUCCCACAACGCGACGAUCAAGGUACGUAUUCGGCCAGAUGUUUGACGUUGCCGGCACAUAUUGCCUCGAGUCAUCGACAAGCAGCGGCGAUCCCGCCCCGUAUGUGGUCGACAGUACCGGCCGCAUGUUCACGUCAAGGGGAUUCGGAUUUAUUACCUUCGCAGAUCCUGCCAGCGUCGACAAAGUAUUGGCGCAGGGAGCCCACGAAUUAGACGGCAAGAAAAUCGACCCGAAGGUAGCAUUUCCUAGGAGAACACACCCAAAGAUGGUGACGCGUACAAAGAAGAUAUUCGUCGGUGGACUGUCUGCUCCAACGACACUAGAGGACGUUAAAAAUUAUUUUGAACAGUUCGGCCCGAUUGAGGAUGCCAUGCUCAUGUUUGACAAGCAAACAAAUAGACAUCGAGGCUUCGGCUUUGUAACAUUUCAAAGUGAGGACGUGGUCGACAAAGUGUGCGAAAUUCACUUCCACGAGAUCAACAACAAAAUGGUCGAGUGCAAGAAAGCGCAACCGAAGGAAGUGAUGCUGCCGACCAAUCUGGCGAAGACGCGAGCGGCCGGGCGAGGCGCAUACGAUUUUAUGUGGUCCUUGGGAGCAUUGCCUGAUGGUUUUCCAGCGGCAGCCUAUGCGGCAUACGCGGCGGGUCGCGGCUAUUCAGGAUAUCCUAGUUUUGGACUGCCCUACCCAACAGGAGCGGUCGUGUACCGUGCAGUUGGUCCGAGGUUGGGACGAGUGUCCGUCAGCCCUAGUGGGGGUUGCACCGUGGACCUAACCAAUGGACAGCUUACACCAAACAACAACACGCCCUUGCUUACGCAAGCACUUUCUGUGAUGAACAACUACCAGGCUGCAGCGCAAGCCGGGUUUCCACCGGCAUCGCCACACGCGGCGGGCGGUCAUGGCGGGCCACAAGGUCGCUCUUUUCCUGCUGCAAACUCGCCUGGACCCAUUGAUAUGUACAGUUCGAGUGCCGCAGCCGCAGCAGCAGCCGCAGCCGCAGAUUCCGCAGUUGCCAGCUACGUCCAGGCAGCAGCAAGCCCGCAGCCUCCUACGACCGCGUUUCCCGCAAUCGCCGUCUCUCGCGCCCCGCUCAACUAUAGUCCCGGUCCACUGAUACCGGCGGCGUUCACUAAUGGUUAUCACUGAGCCUUUUUAAAACCUAAUAACAGGAUGAACGAGAGGGCGGAGUGCGGCGGAGCCGAUUGAUGGCAUUACACAUCACGUGGAAUCUUACCGAACCAUGAAAUGUCGGGCACAAAGGCUCAUAGAAGAUUACUCACGUCGAUCCAAGCACACGCAUGUGCAUGCGUACACCUGCAUACGUACGCACGUGUAUAUGUAGUUUGCAUAUACGUUAUACAUAUAUCUACGCAAACACACACACACACACACACACACACACACACACACACACACACAAAAUUUAAACAAAUUUGGCGUGACACCCUCCGCCGCUUUAUGACUCUUAAGACAGCUGUUACGUUGAAGAUUCUUUGAGGACAGACCUCAAAACAGCCACAUUUCCUCAAAAUAGCCAAUACGCAAAUUAAAUCGUCUCCAAAAUGGCCCAAAGCCAAAUUUACACACGCAUACGCGCGCGCGCGCGCCCGCGCGCACAGAAACAUAUACAUAUGCAUAUACAUAAUACGAAAUACGAAAUACGAAAUACGAAAUACAUAAUGCAUAGUGAAUAGAUUAUAAAACAUAGUAAAUAAUACAUGAUAUACAUAUAUUGUAUGUGUAUACGUAUGCGUUUCAGGCAUAUGUGUUUAUACGUGCGACCAAGCGCAUGCGCGUGUCCUAAGGCAUAUAUAUAAACGCGUGUACGUGUGACGCAUGUUCACCAAGCAAAGAGAGAACUGGCGUUCAAAGAAUGACGCGUUUACCUUUGGGUUUCCAUCGAGCAGUGCGAGCCAAUAGUUAUAAUUGAGGUUAUGAAGCGUCACUGCUAAUUUCACUGUCAAUUUCCAAUCAAUUAAAUGAAACGAGGAGAGAAUUACGAUGAGAGGUGACGAGCGUAUGGAACGACACGGAGAUGAGUCAGUGACACGGGGGACAGUGUGAGGAAGACGUACAACCGUACGUGGACUGGGAAGGUCUAUAAAAUCGAGAAGCCAGAGAAAUCCUAAGAAUUUUUCUGCGAACAUAUAGAAAUGUAAUCUUGGAAGCUGAAAAAUAUUAAACGAAAAUAAGGGUAACAAAUGACGUAGAGCACGAGUCACUAUACGACUUGAGGUUGCCGCAACCGAAUCUGCGUAUUGAUGCCAGCCCGUUCUCCGACUUUAAUAAUCUAAUUAUUAAUUAAAUUAAUAAUUACUUGCUAGAUAUUACAACUUAACUCUAUAACAUAUUAUAUAAUGUACGCACAUAUGUAUAUAUAUAUAUAUAUAUAUAUAUAUAUAUAUAUAUGUAUACACAUGUAUUAUGCAAUACCUAAUAUGUAAUAUACAUAUACGUAUGUGUGUGUAUGCAUGCAUGUGUAUCGUAUGAUAUGAAAUAUAAUACGUACGCAUACGUAAAUAUGUAGGAUAAGUAAAUGAUAAUUACUAGGUAAUACAUAAUUUUUAUGUAUAAGCGAAAGAAUGGAUAGUGCAACACGUAUGGAUAUACUUAUAGAUACAUGAUUAUCUAACGUGCGCAUUCACGCCCGGGACAAUUUUAAUUACGAGAUAUCAAAUUUAAUAUUCGAGAACUUCGAGUGCGUGGAAGAGUUCAAAAUCGUUUAAAGAAUACAGGUAAUAAGGCAGUUGUCAAAGGCACACAUAGAUUUUCUAUUUCCCGAACUUUUCGAAGCACCUUAUAAUCGUUUUAAAUUCACUUUUAACACAAUAUUCAUUGUAAACCCUUCCGUGUACUGACAUCCUUCAAUGAAAAAAUUCCCAAUUCGGUCACUUGCAUAUUGCUUCGAUGAAACUUGUAGCCAAUGUGUAUAUGUUACAAACGUUUUCAGUUUUAAAAUAUCUUCCAGUUCUUCCCAUCUGCAAGGCCACCCCAUUCUCGCCGAUGACUCCCUUUUUUCAUUACUCCGUUAUUUCUUUUCUAUGCUUCUCUAUUUUUUUUUUUUUUUUUUCAUUCUUUACAUAGAUAUUUGGCGUGUUAUUGCGAGCUUUCUGAGCGUUUCUGAGCUUUUUCUCGAAUUCGUGAUCGCUGUCCUUUUCUCGGACGUGUAUCCGGGAGGAUAACUACACUGCUUUGUGCAUUCAUCCUAUGUACAUGAUAACGCUAUUACAAUUACUUAUGAAGGGCGUCUAUGGUGUUGAUCUGCCAAUCGCCUUGGAUCGUCAAUGGCUGUUUGCAUCCGAAUAUUUUGCCUGCUUUCUUACGAAUCGCACGAAUGGAAUGACCAUCAUUCGCCUUUCCCUGACACUGUGUUUAUCCAAGACAAGGCGUUUCUUCCGUCCAUCUUCUUAUUUUGUGCAAAAUUUGAGAUAAUGCAGCACUCAGUCGACUUUAAUGUUCAAGAGAGUUACAAGAAGGUAUUGAAUAUGAUGCGGGGGGAGAGAUGGCAAGUAACAGUUUGGCGGGGAGAUAUUGCUUGUAAGUUGCAUGGCGUUAUGUAUGAAGAAAAAAGAACUGACGUUUUGCGGGGAUGCAGUUAAGAAAUAAUUGAAGCGAAAGAUUCGGGUACUUGAUACAUUUGUACAAAACCGGAUUAUGUAAUCGUCGUUGCACGAAAAUGACGUACUACUUGUGAAUACACGUGCGCUUGCGGCGGAGCUAAUACACAAGAGAACAUUCUAACAGAACCCUGAGUCGGCUAAAUUCGAGUUUGUAAGGAAAAUUUAAUUCAUCAAGUUUAUUUUUUUUGCAACAGCAAAUGCAUACGAUGCGACCGUCAUCGUCUUUCAUGGCGUACACUCUUUGUUCUUCAUGAUUCACAUUUGUCCAUUGUUUGAGUAUCUUUGAGAUUAAAGUUAUUUUCAUCAGUUA